AUGUUAGCACGGCUAGGGUUGCCAGCCUUUUUCCUAUUCCAUUCCUUCUGUGGUGAAGAGCACCACAUUUCAGCCUGUAAGGCCUUUCUAGCGAAAUCGGUGGAUGAACGAAUGGCUGUGACUACGGAGAGGAAAUGGUGCUAUAAUUGUCUUAACGCGUCUCAUUCAGUGCGACAGUGCACAUCGAUAUUCUCUUGUCAGAAAUGCAAGCGGAAGCACCAUACUCUGUUACACCGAGAGCAAGCUGCCAGCAACCCCGAACCCUCUGGUGAAAAAUCAAGCUCAGUCGUCUUGCUGGCUAAAGAACCGUUAACUCCGUCCAAUUCACCUUCAAAUACGACCGUGCUACUGGCAACCGCGCUCGUCCAAAUUCGUGAUGCUUCAGGCGAGUUUCAGACAUUCCGCGCGUUAUUAGACACCGGAAGUCAAAAUAAUUUCCUCACCACACACGCGGCUCAACGGCUCAAGUUGAAGCCUACCGCGACUAGUGAUGGGCCGUGCGUCCUAGGGGGUGCACCUGCAUCAGUGACUGGCCAGGUCACCUGUGAUAUAGGUGCCAAGGACACCGUACAUUUCCGUCUGGAAAUGUUUGUUUCACCGCACAUAUGUGCAGAUCAGCCUAUAGGCAGACUCAAUAUGAGUGGAUGGGAUGACCUCAAAACAUUACCGUUAGCAGAUCCUGGUUUUGAUAUUCCUGGUCCAAUUGAUGUCUUGCUCGCUGCCGACGUCUUUGCUGAGUCACUUCUCGACCAACGUUUGAAACGCUGCGUCAAUCAACCGCGUGCUCUCAACUCUGUCUUCGGAUGGCUGAUAGUCGGAAAAACCCGACUAGCGUCGUCGUCUUUAUUAAGUGUACCAUCACCUAAUAAGGAUGAUAGCUUAAACAAUAUCGUUCAACGCUUCUGGGAGAUCGAUACCGUUCCGCAUUCUUCCCGAUUAACCCCAGAUGAACAACGCUGUGAAAAUAGUUUCACAAACGAGCAUUACCGUGACGAGACUGGUAGGUACGUCGUCUGUCUUCCCUUCAAAGAUAACGCUGAGCCUGUGUUUGAAGGCUCUCGGGAGAUAGCGGUACGACGCUUCCAUGCUAUCGAAAAGCGCCUUUCUCGUGAUCCAGACUUGAAACAACAAUAUGUUGAUUUCAUGACCGAUGACUACAGCGAAAGUUGUCACAUGUCUUUGAUGCCUGCUAAGAACGCGGCUCCAAAGAUAUCAUCCAACAAUGCGGAGAUUCCUUUCCACUACCGGGAGCACGAAGCGGCAUCUAUGGCCAACGUGCACCAACUGUACCGUCAAAUUACCGUUGCUCCGCAUUACCGUGAUUACCGGCGUAUUCUCUGGCGAGCUAACCCAGAUGAGCCUCUUCAGGAAUACGUAUUCAACACCGUACCGUACGGGGUCUCCUCGGCUCCGUUUCUUGCUUGCCGAACGAUCCAGCAAUUGGCCAACAACGAUGGUCAUAAGUACCCGAAGGCUAAAACCGUUCUAACUUCCGAUAUUUACGUCGAUGACGUCGUUACCGGAAGUUCUUCGCUGGAUGAUGCUCGUGACAUCAAGUCACAAGUUAUCGCUCUUUUUAAGCUCGGCUCUUUUGAGCUACGAAAAUGGGUAAGCAAUCGACCCGAACUUCUAAGGGAUAUGCCCUCAGAAAUGUGUCUUCCGGACGCCAUCGCAUUCACCGAGGCAGAAGUCACAACCGUUAAGGUCCUUGGCCUUAAAUGGGAGCCCGCUUCAGACUCGUUCGUUUGUAACGUCCAACCGUCUAAUCAACCGUGUACCAAACAAACGAUUCUGAGUGAGGUUGCCAGAAUCUUUGACCCUUUGGGUUUCUUGUCUCCUUUGACAAUCCAAGCCAAAGCCUUGAUCCAAAGACUUUGGAUUCUCGGCUCUUCAUGGGAUGAAACGCUUCCUCCGGAAAUUGUAUCGCAAUGGAACAGUUUCUUCCAUCAGCUUCCUCAAAGUAGGGAUCUGAAUAUUCCUCGCAAAUUCGCCAUCGAAGGUAUUCAAUCGUAUCAACUGCAUGGGUUUUGUGAUAGUUCUGAGAUAGCGUAUGGCGCCGUCGUAUAUCUAAGUAUCACCGAGCCUGAUGGCUCCAUCCGCGUCCACUUCGUUUGCCGCAUCCACAUGCUACGGCUUCCUGUUCGCGAAGCCUACUUUUGGUGCGACUCAACCGUUACAUUGGCUUGGUUGCGCGCUCCGUCCUCUCGUUGGGUGACAUUUGUCGCAAAUCGUGUUAGCCACGUGCAGGACAUCGUUCCUACCGCUUGCUGGAGACACGUUCCCUCUGGAACGAAUCCCGCAGAUAUCUGCUCACGUGGGCAGUUGCCUCGGGAACUAUUAACCAAUUCGCUAUGGUGGGCGGGCCCAGAGCGGCUUUCCCAAUCGCCGUCUGAAUGGCCAUCAGAUCUAUCGAAGGAUCGCAACAACGAUAACGUCGUACUUUCCCAACAGCGUCGUUGUUCUAUCGCGCGUGACAAAAGGCCUAAGACUAUUAACCGUACCGCCGGCCGGCGUGUGAAAGAAGAAAAGGUGAUAAACGUAAGAAGAACCAGUCACAUCGAGAGGAUUCCACCAUUGCUGCAACCUCAGCGGCAGCUCAGGUGGUGGGGGCACGUCCUUCGAAUGGAUGACCACCGCUUGCCUAAAGGUGUUCUCUACUCUGAGUUGGUGGUGGGAAAGCGGAAGCACGGUGUGCAGCACCUGCGCUACAAGGACGUGCUCAAACAGCAUCUAUUCUUAGCACUUGCGCCAUAG